UCAGGAAAUCCUAACUAAAGAUCGUCCGGAAAAAAUAAUUCUUUCCCUUUCUCCCUCUGCUAAAAGAAGUAUAACCCUAACCCCCAAAUCGUCCAAUUUUCCUUAUCGAGGACACCAAUUUUCGCUGCCUCUUUCCAAUUCGUAGCAGAGUGUGUCCGAAGCUCAUUCAUGGCAGAAACGAAGAGCCACGAAGAGCCAGCAUUACACCCCAAACGUAAACCCGAUGUCUCUCUGGAUGAACCCGUCGACUACCCCAAGAAAAAUCCAAAGAUCGAAUCUUCCGAUAAAGAAAAUCAAGCCCCACUGGAGAAUUUGGACUCGGUCAAAGAAGCUGAAGCUGGGUCUGACGACGAGGGAGAUUACGGAUCCGAAGAUGAAGACGAAGACGAAGACGGAGAAGAGUCGAAUGGAGAGGAAGAGGAAGAGGUAGACCACAAGGGGAAAGGGAUUAUGAGGGAUGAUAAGGGCAAAGGAAAAUUGGUUGCUGAAGAAGAAGACGAGGACGAGGAUGAUGAUGAUGAUGAUUCGAGUAAUAGCGGAGGCAGUGAAUUGGAAGAUGGGGAUAGUGAUUUGUCAGAUGACCCACUUGCCGAAGUCGAUUUAGAUAACAUUCUUCCAUCGAGGACUCGGCGGAGGCAGGUUCAGCCUGGGGUUUACAUUGCCAAUGAUGCGGGAAACGCUGAAGACGAUGAUAGUGAUGACAGUGAUGCUUGAAUUGAGUUGAGUUGAGUUGAGGAAGGUUAGUCACAUUUAGCAAAACUUUGAUACAAUGCACUAAUGCCAGUAGUUUCUGAGCUAGUGAGAUUUCUACUUUGUUGAGGCUGGAGAUGAGAUUAUGUCUUGAUAUACGGCUAUGUUUGUCACAACUUCAUAUUAUUAAGUCUUGAUAUUAUUCUUGACUUCAUUUUUUCUUCAAGAUCAUGCCUUUUCUUUAAACUCUUAUCUUUUUUAUAUACCAAAGGCUUUGUAAAUUAAAUAAUUUACAUUGACUUGUGAAAUCCAUUAGCUAUUAUCUA